AUGAGGAAUGCCGAGAAGUGGUUGAGAGAGUUCGACAUCUUUUCCAAAGUCGACCCCACGGCGCCACGCGUCAAGACCGUGUCCAGCGGAGCAGUGUCCAUUCUCUGCUUCUUCCUGCUGGGAUAUCUCUUUCUCCAGGAGGUGGCCGAAUACCAGAAGGCCGAGGUGACGUCGCAGGUGAGCGUGGACACCACCAUACGCAAUGAGUUCGACUCCCUCCUGGUCAGCCUCACCGUCGAGUUCCCAAACCUGGGUUGUGAAGAUUUUGGAGUGGAUGCCGCGGACUACACGGGCCACUUGCUGGGCGAUGCCACAGGACCAGGCGGCACUCUCGUCAAGCGGCCACUUACAGCUGAUAGAUGUCUGCUGACGGGCCACAUGGCCGUAAGGAAGAUUCGUGGCCAGUUCCAGAUCAGCUCCCGCCGCUUCAAUCCGUUCUCCAUCUAUGGUAGCUCCUUAAACAAGCACACCCCGACAGAGGACCACCCGCAUCCACACCCCGAGGACAGCCUCCCGUUCAACGUGACCCACCGCAUCCGCGAGUUGUCCUUCGGCCCCAAAGUGCUCCCCGACGUUGGGCCGCUCGACGGGAUCGUGCAGACCAUGCGCGAGGGUGAGCGUAGCCAAUACUCGUACUUCCUGCAGAUUGUGCCGGCCUCUUACCACUACGCUGAUGGUCGGGUCGUCGAGUCCUACAGCUUCGCGUUCACGAUGCACACAGAGUCGAGGAGCGAAUUGGCACCAGGUGUUUUCUGGAAGUACGACUUCUCGCCGUACGCGACGUCGUUGCGGGAGGUGCCCAAGUCCUUCUCGCACUUCAUCACCCGAUGCUGCGCCGUGAUCGGGGGCACCUUCGUCGUCUUUGGUCUCCUCUCCGCCCUCGCCUCUCGUCUGGAGACCGCCGCCAAGAAGAGCAAGUAA